AGGCAAUUGACACGCAACAAAUACUCUCGAGAUAUCUCCGUCUGGUCUCGUCUCUCCCUCUCGAAUCGAAUGGACUCUCUGGUAGCGAGCUACGCUUCGUCGGACGAAGAAGAAGAAGAAGAAGUUGAACCAUCUCUCACCGUAAAAUCAUCUUCCUCCGUGUUCUCAGCUAUUCCUCAACCUAACCAAUCCAGAUCUUCCAAAGUCGAGGCUUUUAAUUCAUCUUCGUCCACUCGAGGAUCUUUCCUCUCCUCUCUCCCUCCUCCCAAAUCCUCCACCUCUCGCCAGCAAAACCCAUCUCCGUCCCUACCCAAACGCGUCGUUCAGAUCAAGCUUCCCGUAAACCCUAGACCGACCAAUCUCGAUGACGAAGACGACGAAGAGGAGGGGAAAGCGAGGAAGAAGCGUAGACAGAUGGAAUCCGCCGCUGCUGCAUCGAACAAUUCGUCAGUGAAAUCGUUCUUAUCCGCCAUGCCUGCUCCAAAGAGCUCGCAAGCACUCGGCGCUCUUCCUUCGUUAGGAUCAGGAUCAGGAUCAGGAUCAGGAUCGGGGCGAAGAUCGAUUCUUGAAACAGAGACGCCAAGUACUGAUCAAACGCAGUCGUUUAGUAGCGAGGCGGAACAAGUAGAUAACUAUUAUGCUGGUUACGAGCAGAACCCUAGUGGAAAUGUAGAUGCUUUUGGUUAUUGUGGAUAUGAGCACAACUCUAGUGGAAGUGGAGAUGUUGUGUCUGCUUAUGUGGGGUAUGAUGGUGGUGGUGGUAAUGCUUGGAACGGUGGUGGUGGGUUUGAGGGGACGACGGGAGUGCCUGAGGCGUUUAUGGCGAUGGAUAGUGGUGCGAGGAGAGGCAGGAGAGGGAGGAAUGAUUUUCCCACGGAGAUAGUUGAGGUUAAGCUGGAUGAUCUCAUGAAGAAUAGGCCGAGAGUUGAUCAAGUUAAAUCUACUGGGAUUGCUUUUGGACCUGCGUAUCAGCCCGAGUCAUCUUCAUCUAAGGGGAAAGUGUCAAAGCUUCACAAGAGAAAGCAUCAGAUCACUGCGUUAUUCAUGGACAUGAAGCACAAAGAGUCGGAGCUAGCAGAGAGGCGUUCAAAAGGAUUGCUCACUAAAGCCGAGACACAAGCUAAAUACGGAUGGUGAUUUGCUCUUUGUUUCUCUUAAUCAUGUGAGAUUGGCAACAGAUUUUCUGUAACUCUUUUUUUGUUCCUUUCUAAGCUUUGAAUGUAAUACUCAUUUACUUAUAUGAAUGAAUCUACACUCAGCAGAAUGCUUUACAAGGCUUUA